UUUCGUUCUGUGGCCGCUGCUGCUGGCCGCGCGGCUCCUUUCGACCGGCGGGCGCAGCCGCGAGGGGUGAGGCACCUGGGGACCGCGGGCAGAGCGGCCCGAGCACCAUGCUGGACCCUUCUUCCAGCGAAGAGGAGUCGGACGAGGGGCUGGAAGAGGAGAGCCGCAAUGUGCUGGUCGCAGCCGGUGGUUCGCAGCGAGCGCUGCCGGUGCCGGCUCGGGAAGGGCGGCGGGACGCGCCGGGGCGCGCGGGCGGCGGUGGCGCGGUCAGACCCAGGAGCCCGAGCCCCUCGGUGAUCAGUGAGGGGCAAGACGAACCGGAACGGCAGCUGGACGAGGAGCAGGAGCGGAGAAUCCGUCUGCAGCUCUAUGUCUUCGUGGUGAGAUGCAUCGCGUACCCCUUCAACGCCAAGCAGCCCACAGACAUGGCCCGGAGGCAGCAGAAGCUUAACAAGCAACAAUUGCAGUUACUGAAAGACCGGUUCCAGGCCUUCCUCAAUGGGGAAACCCAGAUCGUAGCUGAUGAAGCAUUUUGCAAUGCUGUUCGGAGUUACUAUGAGGUUUUUCUGAAGAGUGAUCGAGUGGCCAGAAUGGUUCAGAGUGGAGGAUGUUCUGCUAAUGACUUCAGGGAGGUGUUUAAGAAGAACAUCGAAAAACGUGUGCGGAGUUUGCCAGAAAUUGAUGGCUUAAGCAAAGAGACAGUGCUGAGCUCAUGGAUUGCCAAAUAUGAUGCCAUUUACAGGGGUGAAGAAGAUUUGUGCAAACAGCCAAAUAGAAUGACCCUGAGUGCUGUAUCUGAACUUAUUCUGAGCAAGGAACAGCUUUAUGAAAUGUUUCAGCAGAUUCUGGGUAUUAAAAAACUAGAACACCAACUCCUUUAUAAUGCAUGUCAGUUGGAUAAUGCAGACGAACAAGCAGCCCAGAUCAGGAGGGAACUUGAUGGUCGGUUGCAGUUGGCAGAGAAAAUGGCAAAGGAAAGAAAAUUCCCCAAAUUUAUGGCAAAAGAAAUGGAGAAUAUGUAUAUAGAAGAGUUACGGUCUUCAGUGAAUUUGCUAAUGGCCAAUCUGGAAAGUCUUCCAGUUUCGAAAGGUGGUCCAGAAUUUAAACUACAAAAAUUAAAACGUUCCCAGAAUUCUGCAUUUUUGGACAUAGGAGAUGAGAAUGAGAUUCAGCUGUCAAAGUCUGACGUGGUGCUGUCAUUCACCUUAGAGAUUGUCAUAAUGGAAGUGCAGGGUUUGAAGUCAGUCGCUCCCAAUCGGAUUGUUUACUGCACAAUGGAAGUGGAAGGAGGAGAGAAACUGCAGACAGACCAGGCAGAAGCCUCAAGGCCACAGUGGGGAACUCAAGGAGACUUCACUACAACCCAUCCUAGGCCCGUGGUCAAAGUAAAACUCUUCACAGAGAGCACUGGAGUCCUGGCCCUUGAAGAUAAAGAACUGGGAAGGGUGAUAUUAUACCCAACUUCUAAUAGCUCCAAGUCAGCUGAGUUGCACCGAAUGAUAGUUCCAAAAAAUAGCCAGGAUUCGGACUUAAGAAUCAAAUUGGCAGUGCGAAUGGACAAACCGCCUCAUAUGAAACACAGUGGAUAUCUGUAUGCCCUUGGACAGAAGGUUUGGAAAAGAUGGAAAAAACGUUACUUUGUCCUUGUUCAGGUUAGCCAGUAUACCUUUGCAAUGUGCAGUUACAGAGAAAAAAAGUCUGAACCUCAAGAAUUAAUGCAGCUUGAAGGAUACACUGUGGAUUACACAGAUCCCCACUCAGGCCUUCAGGGUGGUCAGAUGUUCUUUAAUGCUGUUAAAGAAGGAGACACUGUUAUAUUUGCCAGUGAUGAUGAACAGGAUAGAAUAUUAUGGGUUCAAGCCAUGUAUAGGGCCACAGGUCAAUCAUAUAAACCUAUUCCUGCAAUUCAGACCCAGAAGCUGAAUCCUAAAGGAGGAACUCUUCAAGCAGAUGCUCAGCUAUCUGGUAAGGACGCAGACCGUUUUCAGAAACAUGGUAUGGAUGAGUUUAUUUCUGCAAAUCCUUGCAGGCUUGACCAUGCCUCCCUUUUCAGAAUACUACAGAGGCAGACUUUGGAUCACAGACUGAAUGAUUCAUAUUCUUGCUUGGGUUGGUUUAGCCCUGGCCAAGUCUUUGUGUUGGAUGAGUACUGCGCCCGGUAUGGCGUGAGAGGCUGUCACAGACAUCUCUGCUAUCUUACAGAACUGAUGGAACAUUCAGAAAACGGUGCUGUCAUUGACCCAACCCUGCUCCAUUACAGCUUUGCAUUCUGCGCCUCUCAUGUGCAUGGCAACAGGCCUGAUGGAAUUGGAACAGUUUCAAUGGAAGAAAAAGAGAGAUUUGAGGAAAUAAAAGAAAGACUGUCUUUCCUUUUAGAAAAUCAGAUAAGCCAUUUCAGAUACUGUUUUCCCUUUGGACGACCUGAAGGUGCUCUAAAAGCUACACUUUCCCUACUUGAAAGGGUUUUAAUGAAAGAUAUUGCCACUCCCAUACCAGCAGAAGAGGUGAAAAAGGUGGUCAGAAAAUGUCUGGAGAAAGCUGCCUUGAUCAAUUACACUAGACUCACAGAAUAUGCCAAAAUAGAAGGCCCAGAAGAAAAGGACACAGAGACCUUGAACCAGGCAACUCCUGCUAAAAAGCUAGAAGAAGUUCUUCAUCUAGCAGAGCUCUGCAUAGAAGUCUUACAGCAAAAUGAAGAGCAUCACGCAGAGGCAUUUGCCUGGUGGCCAGAUUUACUGGCGGAGCAUGCAGAGAAGUUUUGGGCUUUAUUCACAGUGGAUAUGGAUACUGCACUAGAGGCUCAGCCACAAGACUCCUGGGAUAGUUUUCCUCUUUUCCAAUUGCUUAAUAAUUUCCUCAGAAAUGACGCACUUUUAUGUAAUGGGAAAUUUCACAAACACUUGCAAGAAAUCUUUGUGCCCUUGGUUGUUCGCUACGUCGAUCUCAUGGAGUCCUCCAUCGCCCAGUCAAUUCACAGAGGUUUUGAGCAAGAGACCUGGCAGCCUGUCAAGAAUAUCGCCAACAGUCUUCCCAAUGUAGCUCUUCCAAAAGUUCCAAGUCUGCCUCUUAAUCUUCCACAGAUUCCUAGCCUUUCUACUCCUUCGUGGAUGGCUUCUUUAUAUGAGUCCACCAAUGGCUCAGCAACAUCUGAAGACCUUUUUUGGAAACUUGAUGCACUGCAAAUGUUUGUCUUUGACCUACACUGGCCAGAACAAGAAUUUGCCCACCACUUAGAGCAAAGACUUAAACUAAUGGCCAGUGAUAUGAUAGAGGCCUGUGUCAAAAGAACAAGAACUGCAUUUGAACUCAAGCUGCAAAAGGCAAACAAAACCACUGACUUGCGCAUUCCAGCUUCUGUGUGUACCAUGUUUAAUGUGUUAGUUGAUGCCAAAAAGCAAAGCACCAAACUCUGUGCUCUGGAUGGAGGACAAGAGCAACAGUACCAUUCAAAAAUAGAUGAUUUGAUUGACAACACUGUGAAAGAAAUAAUUUCACUGCUAGUUUCAAAGUUUGUUUCAGUGUUGGAAGGGGUGCUGUCUAAGCUGUCAAGAUAUGAUGAAGGCACCUUCUUUUCAUCCAUUCUGUCAUUCACUGUGAAAGCAGCUGCAAAAUAUGUUGAUGUUCCAAAACCAGGAAUGGAUCUAGCAGACACCUAUAUUAUGUUUGUUCGGCAAAAUCAGGAUAUUCUUCGAGAAAAGGUCAAUGAAGAAAUGUAUAUAGAAAAGUUGUUUGAUCAAUGGUACAGUAGUUCCAUGAAAGUCAUCUGUGUGUGGUUGGCUGAUAGAUUAGACCUUCAGCUUCAUAUUUACCAACUGAAGACGCUCAUCAAGAUUGUGAAGAAAACCUAUAGAGACUUCCGAUUGCAGGGUGUGUUGGAAGGCACACUGAACAGUAAGACCUAUGAUACUGUGCACAGACGGUUAACAGUAGAGGAGGCUACAGCCUCUGUUUCAGAAGGAGGAGGACUUCAGGGCAUUACAAUGAAAGACAGUGAUGAAGAAGAAGAAGCCUGAUGUUGUGCAGCUCUGUAGAAGGAAGAAGGACAUUAACAUUGUUUAUUUUGUACCUUGUUCUUGUAAUUAUAUUGUUUAACCAAAUAAAAGUGCUUGUAUUUCAUUCCACAUUUUAAAAAGUAAACCUGGAAACAGAAAUAAAGGGGAGAAUGUCAAGUUUGCCAAGUUUUUUGUUUUUGUUUUUGUUUUAAUAUAUAUAAGAUCAGCCUCUUUUGUGUAGCUUGACCUAAAAUGAGCUUUGGCUCUGUUUGUGAUUUGAACAUGAGCUUUUUUUUUAACUCUAUUUUUCUGUAAUCACAUCAAAGUAGUGUCCUAUGUGUGGAGUAUGUAUUUCUCAUAAUACAACAUUGUGGGAAGUCACUUCUGAUCAGUCUGCCAGCUCUACUGUACCCUUGUUACAAUGGUGUGUACAGUUUAUCAUUUAUGUGCAAAAUUCGUUUCAUAAUUUGUCAUUGUUGUGAUGUGUGUGAAAACUUUAACCUUGGUUCUUAGUACACUGAAUUGGUCUGCAGGUAUAUUCCUGGGUUUAAAGAACUGCCAAAGCCAAAUAUAGGCUAGAUUAUCCAACAUGCUGGUGUCUUGUUCCAUUCUGAACAUUUCUUCUUUCAAGCGUAAAAACAUCCCAAAGUAUGGGUUAGUGAGCUUGCUGCCAUGAACAUAUUUUAUUCUCCUACUUGUAAGAGCUUGCAGGCAAUACAAAUCCAUUUAGUCAUAACCACUUCUGUAUUUAUUAGGCUUGUAUAGAGUAAAU